AUGGCUGGGGUUCUUGGGAAGUUGCACAACCUUUUGGUGUUGGAUGAAUCCGACAGAACUAGUAAUAAGGAUUUAGUUCCUAUGCCUGUUUCAAGAAGAAAAUGGGGUAUAUAUGGUUUUACAUCAUACUGGACAUUGCUUUGUUUGUGUAUUAGUACGUGGUCUGGUGGGUCAGCGUUGUUGUUGUACGAUGUGGGCACUGAUGGUGAAUUGACGCUUUCGGGUAUGAAUGGUCGCCAAACCAUUGGAUGUAUUGUUUUGGCAAAUUUCUUCAUCAGUAUUGCAGCCAUCAUCAACUCAGUGUAUGGCUCAGAGUACCAUAUUGGGUACUCUGUGUUCCAGCGUAUCAUCUUUGGAAUGCGUGGGUCAUCCUUUGGUGUUCUUAUCAGAGCUAUCUUAUCCGUGGUGUGGUUUGCUUCCCAAGCUUGGUUAGGAGGGCUUUGUGUGAAUGUGAUCAUUUCCUCGUGGAGUGAAACAUAUUUGAAUUUGCCCAAUACCUUCCCAGAAUCAGUACCUAUGACGAGACAGGAGUUGAUUGGGUUUGUGAUUUUUUUGGUAAUCAAUACUCCGGUGCUUAUGAUUAGACCAGAAUACUUCGACCAUAUCUUGGCCCUUGGGUCUUUCUGUAUGUUCUUUGUCGGGUUGGGAAUCACCAUCUGGGCAGUGACUAUUAAUGGUGGUUCCAAUGGACCAUUGUUAACUGCAAAGGUUACAGCCUCUUCUUCUGACCUUGCUUGGUCUUGGAUCACAAACUUGAAUGCUUGGUAUUCAUUCAUUAUCGCUGGUAUUUCAAACCAAUCCGAUUUCUCUCGUUUCAACAAAAGGCCCAGAUCUGCUUACAUCGGUAUCCUAAUCGGUGUCAACGUAAUGGGUAUCGUGCUUCCUUUGAUGGGUAUUGUUACUGCUUCUGCUUUAUUAGAAAAAUACGGCGAGUCUUUUUGGAUGCCUAAUGAUAUCUGCAUGUAUUGGAUGCAGCUAAAUUAUACUCCGAAGUCCAGAGCUGCUGCCUUCUUUGCAGGUCUCGGUUUACUAAUUUCUCAGCUUGGUGUCAACUGUAUCAGUAAUGCAAUCUCUGGUGGCAUGGAUUUGGCUUCUAUCUUCCCACGUUACAUUAACAUCAGAAGAGGUUCAAUAUUGAUCAUGUUGUUGGCUUGGCCUACUCAACCAUGGUUAUUCUAUAAUGCUACUUCCACUUUCCUCACAGUUAUGUCUUCGUUCACUGUUUUCAUCACACCAUUAACUGCAAUGUUUGUUUGUGACUAUUUUGUCAUUAGAAAGGGCGUUAUCAAGUUAUCCGACUGUUACGAUGAUUCUCCUUCCUCAAUUUACUGGUUUCAGUACGGUAUUAACUGGAAGAACAUCCUUUGUUUCUUAUGUGGUGCGGCCCCGGGUUUGCCUGGUUUGAUCAAUGCGGCUAACCCAAACAUUCCUAUCAAUACAGGUAUUGAACACUUCUUCCAAGGUUCGUUCAUUUUCCAAUUCGCCGUUACCUUCGCCCUUUACUAUAUCAUUAACACUAUUUUCAAGCCUACAGUUGGUGAAACUGACCAAAUCGAUUAUUAUCACACAUUUACUGAGCGUGAGCUUCAAGAGAAGAAUAUGAUCGCUGAUGAUCAAGAAGACAUUGGCGUGCAUUCCAUCGACUCUUCGAAUUAUUUGGCAGAUCCUACUGAAGUAUCACUACGUAAUUUGAAGAUUAACUCACCUGAGAAAUCUGACUCUACUGACGUUGUUUUAUAA